AAAAAGUUUACUUGCUUACUAGUCAAUGAAAUUAAUCAAUCAAUUGAAUGUGAAUGUAACCUACAAACCAUUAAUGAAGUUGAUAUUUAAAUCCUCAACUGCAGCGGCUUUCGCAUUUUGUUACACGUUCGUGUAUCGCACGACCGCCACAUUUUUUCGAUAUCAGAAUCAGCAGCCGCCACCCUCGCACACUCACACUCUCGUAUUGAUAUUGACGACGACAUCGUCAUUCCGUUUAAAUUCCUCGAAAUUCCUUAUUUAUUUUUUGUUAAAUUGGCGCGUGCUGCAUUGUUAAGAGCAACCAAAGGUAGCCAACACAGCAAGCCUGCAACACCCAACAGGCUCAGCAAGAUAACAACACAAUAAACAACUACAGUAGCAAAACAGAAGAAACAACAGAACCACAUCCAUGGCAGCCGGCACCACACUGCAGAAGGCCAUCGAUCUGGUGACGAAGGCCACCGAGGAGGAUCGCAACAAGAAUUAUGCAGAGGCGCUGCGUCUCUAUGAGCACGGUGUAGAAUAUUUUCUGCAUACCAUCAAAUAUGAGGCACAGGGCGAGAAGGCCAAGGACUCGAUUCGAGCCAAAUGUCUACAGUACUUGGAUCGUGCUGAGAAACUCAAGGAAUACCUGAAAAAGGGCAAGAAGAAACCUAUUAAGGAGGGCGGCGAAAGUAGUUCCAAGGACGACAAGGACAAAAAGAGCGACAGCGACGACGAGGACGGCGAUGAUCCAGAGAAAAAGAAGCUACAAAGCAAGCUAGAAGGUGCGAUCGUUAUUGAGAAGCCACACGUUCAGUGGUCCGAUGUGGCUGGGCUCGAUGCAGCUAAGGAGGCACUCAAAGAAGCUGUCAUCUUGCCAAUCAAGUUUCCGCAGCUUUUUACCGGCAAGCGCAUACCCUGGAAGGGUAUUUUGCUAUUCGGUCCUCCUGGCACGGGCAAAUCGUAUUUGGCUAAGGCAGUUGCCACCGAGGCGAAUCGUUCCACAUUCUUUUCCGUAUCCAGCUCCGAUCUGAUGUCCAAAUGGCUGGGCGAGUCCGAGAAGCUGGUGAAGAAUCUCUUCGAACUGGCACGCCAGCACAAGCCAUCUAUUAUAUUCAUUGACGAGAUUGAUUCCAUGUGCUCAGCCCGUUCGGACAACGAGAACGACAGCGUGCGUCGCAUCAAGACCGAGUUUCUAGUCCAAAUGCAGGGCGUGGGCAAUGACACCGAUGGUAUUCUAGUUCUCGGCGCCACCAAUAUACCCUGGGUAUUAGAUUCGGCUAUACGCAGGCGUUUCGAAAAGCGUAUCUACAUUCCCUUGCCGGAAGCGCAUGCGCGCCUCGUCAUGUUCAAAAUACAUUUGGGCAAUACAACGCACGUGUUAACCGAACAGGAUCUCAAGGAGCUGGCCGGCAAAACCGAAGGCUAUUCAGGCGCCGAUAUAUCGAUUGUAGUGCGCGAUGCGCUUAUGGAGCCGGUGCGCAAGGUCCAAACGGCCACACACUUUAAACGCGUCUCUGGGCCAUGCCCGAGCAACAAGGAACAGAUUGUUGACGAUCUGUUGGUGCCCUGUUCGCCAGGCGAUGCGGGCGCCGUCGAAAUGAACUGGAUGGAUGUGCCCAGCGACAAGCUCUUCGAACCGCCCGUAACUAUGCGCGAUAUGCUCAAGUCCUUGUCACGUACGAAACCCACUGUCAACGAGGAGGAUUUGACAAAGCUGCGCAAGUUCACAGAAGACUUUGGUCAGGAGGGUUAAGCCGAUGCCAACGGAGAAUACUAAAGUCUAUGUCGCCAUCAUCAUCAACAGCUAAUUCUAAUUGUUGCCUAUUGCAUAAACACGAUAAACACGCGCUGGCUAAAUGGAUCCCACACACACAGAAACACACACAGACUAUAUAUAUGCAUAUAUAUA